AUGAACACUCUUAUUCUUACCCUACUGUUUGUGGCUACUGCCACUGCAAUCUAUAGUGGCGGAGGCGGUAGAGGAGGACGAGGAGGUGGUAGGUUCUCUUCAUCUUCAUGGUCUUCUGAAGAAGGAGGACGUGGUGGUGGACGUGGGCGACCGCAAAGACCCCCAGGAAGACCACCAGGCAGACCGAGACCACCACCAAGACCAAAUAGAGAGGAGUGCCCAUCGGGAUGGCAUAGAUUUGACAGACCGAAUGGAGUUUGGUGCAUCAUGGUAGGAAACCCAGGAGUUACUAACGGACAGUUCUCUCAACAACAGGCUGAAACUGCAUGUGCUCGACAAGGAGCGACUCUCACCGGAUUCCAGAAUGAUAAUGAGAGAAUGACUAUUGCUAAUGAUGCCCUUGGAAAGGUUCAAGCUAAUGGCCGAACUAUUGGAGGUCUUUGGCUCGGAGCUACCAAUAAUGCAGGAUGUGCAGUUGCCAGUUGUGGGCCAUUCAACACAUUCAGAUGGACUGAUGGACACACAACUGGAAACGGUGGAUUCAAGUGGGGAGUUGGAGAGCCAGACAACUUGAGUUGGGGAGCCUCCAGUUGUAUUCAACAAUUCAUAGUGGCUCCCAAUUGGGUUGUGGGCCCUAGUGAUUUUGCCGUCUGGAGAACUCAUUUCCAGCAUGGAGACCUUGACAAGUACACGUGCGCAUCGCCAGCUUCACCAGUUACCAGAUUGUAUGCAUGUGGAAAGAGAGGUGUCAGAAGAUAA